AUGUUAGUCUGCGGGGGUCUGAUUCAUGGGUCGAGUUUUCGUCCGCCAGAGGGUGCUUUGCCUGCUCCGAGCACCGUCAAAGAUGUUGAUUUGCAGCACAUUCACUUCAAGUAUCCGUCCCGUCAACGCCAACGCAUGGCCCUUGCAAAAGCAAUACUGUGGAAAGCAAAAAUCCUUCUCCUCGAUGAAGCAACCUCUGCCUUGGACACGGCUUCGGAGUACCAAGUCCAGCAGGCUCUGCGCUCGGCGAUGGGCGGUCGCACUACGAUUGCUGUGGCUCAACGGUUGAAAACCAUCAUGCAUGCGGAUGAGAUUCUGGUGCUUGACAAAGGAUGA